GUACAUUAAGCCCCAUCAUAUUUGUUUUGUUUUGUGCAGAAGCAAGUCAAUGGCUUAUCUAUUCCACCAAAAAGAAAAAAAAAAUCAAUGGCUGAUCUCGCACCAAGCAAAGGCAAACUAGCAGGCAAAGUAGCCAUAAUCACUGGCGGAGCAAGCGGCAUAGGAGAAGCCACCGCCCGUCUUUUUGCCAAUCACGGUGCCCGCAUGAUCGUCAUCGCCGAUAUUCAAGACCAACUCGGACUACAAGUAGCUGCAUCCAUCGGCGCUCAGAACUGCAUCUACUUUCACUGCGACGUUACUAAGGAAGAUGAAGUCAAAGCUCUGGUUGAAUCGACAGUGCGGGAUCACGGCCAGCUCGACAUCAUGUUCAGCAACGCCGGAAUUUUGGGCAAAUCGGAGCAGACGGUUCUCGAUCUCGAUUUCUCCGCCUUCGACCGUUUGUUCUCGAUUAACGUGCGCGGGAUGGCCGCGUGUGUCAAACACGCGGGGCGUGCGAUGGUUGAGAAGCGCGUGAGGGGGAGCAUUGUGUGCACGGCGAGCGUGGGGGCGAGUCAUGGAAUGAAGCGGCGGACGGAUUAUUGUAUGUCGAAGCACGCGGUUCUCGGAUUGGUACGGUCGGCGAGUCUGCAGCUCGGGAUGCAUGGGAUCCGGGUGAACAGUGUGUCGCCGAACGGGCUGGCGACGCCAAUGACGUGUGCGGCGUUGGGGAUGGCGGUGGAGGAAGUUGAAAAGGUUUAUGAAGGUCAGAGGUGCCUGAAAGGAGUUAGUCUUAGAGAGGGAAAUGUGGCGGAUGCGGUGGUGUUCCUGGCCAGCGAUGAGUCGUCGUUGAUCACCGGGCAUGAUCUCGUCGUUGACGGCGGUUUUGCGAGUGGGGGAAAUUUGGAGCGGGUGAAACUGAUUCCUUGAUUGGAAAGAAGGUCCAGGUCCAACAGAUUGAAGGGUAGAUGUGGACUUGUGGGCCUCUAAAGAAAUGUUGUUUACUUCUUUAGGUACCCUAGUGUAGAGAUUGGCCCAAAAAUGGUCCAGCUAGGUGUAACAGCUGGAUCAAUAAAUAAAUAACCUGAUU